GAUCAUGGAACCAGGAUGGAUGAAAAGACAAUGAUACCCUUCUAGUUAGUGAUGAGAGAGAGAGAGAGGGGGGAGGAUGUGUGAGUGAGGACAGCACUGGUGCUGGAUGUGAGGUGAGAUAUGAAGGAAUAUAUAGUUCCAGGAAAUUGAAGAGGGUGCAGAGAUAAAUUUCAUUUAAGUCUCAUCGGGGAAAUUUUUUCCAGUGUUUGUCUUCUGGGUUGAGUAUUUCUCAUCAGAGAUCCACCUUUCACGGUGCUACUCAUAGCUUGGAGCUGAAGUUUGAGGGGUUUUGUUAUUUUAUGCGAUUUUGUACCGCUAGUGAGAAGAAGCCUCUAGUGCCUCAUCAUUCUUUUGGGGUGGCGUUGGGCUCUGAGUUGUGGGUUUUCUCACUUGUUCAUGGGAGUAGUUUUGAGGUGGGUAUUUGGAGGAAGGGGCAUUGGAGGUGGAAUGAGGUUUUCUGUAGUGCUAGUAGCCUAGUACUUGGGCUUUUCAAUGGUUCUGAUCAAGUAUGGUGAAGCGUCACAGAUCUGCCAUGGAAGCUGACCAGACAAAGCUUGUUUUUGGAGUGCUUUUCUCUCUUGUUGCUGUGGUUUUUACUGCAACAGACCCAAAUGACCUUGCAAUUCUGAACCAGUUCAGAAAAGGGUUGAAGAAUCCAGAGCUCUUGAACUGGCCUGAAAAUGGUGAUGACCCAUGCGGUAUCCCACGCUGGGAUCACGUCUUCUGCAGUGGUUCAAGGGUUUCUCAGAUUCAGGUUCAGAACCUGGGCUUGAAGGGUCCUCUGCCUCAGAACCUCAACCAGCUCUCCAUGCUCACAAGUCUUGGCCUUCAGAGGAACCAAUUCAGUGGCCAAUUGCCAUCACUCAGCGGCUUAUCGGAACUGCGGUACGCUUAUUUCGAUUUCAAUGAAUUUGAUUCCAUACCAUCUGAUUUUUUCGAUGGUCUCGUCAAUUUAGAGGUUCUAGAACUGGAUAACAAUAAUUUGAAUGUCACUACUGGAUGGUCCCUCCCGUCUCAGUUGCAAAAUUCAGCUCAGCUGAGAAAUUUGACGUUGGUAAAUAGCAAUUUGGUUGGUCCUUUGCCGGAAUUUUUGGGGAACAUGUCGUCGUUGGCAGUAUUAAAACUGUCAAUGAAUACAAUUUCCGGUGGAAUUCCAGCGAGUUUUAAGGACUCCAAUUUGGAAAUUCUUUGGUUGAAUAAUCAGAAAGGGGGUCAGAUGACAGGUCCUAUUGAUGUGGUGGCAACAAUGUUAUCUCUUACCACACUGUGGCUUCAUGGGAACAAGUUCAGUGGGCCAAUUCCUGAGAACAUUGGAGAUUUAACUUCUUUGAAGGAUCUUAAUCUCAACAGCAACCAACUGGUGGGGUUAAUUCCUGAUAGCUUGGCAAGUUUGGAGCUUAACAGUUUGGAUUUGAAUAAUAAUCAGUUGAUGGGUCCAAUUCCAAAUUUCAAAGCUGUUAAUGUGUCCUAUGAUUCAAACCAAUUAUGUCAAUCUAAACCGGGAGUUCCUUGUGCCAAGGAAGUAAUGGUCCUCUUGGAGUUCCUUGGUGGUUUGAAUUAUCCUAACCACCUUGUUUCUUCCUGGUCUGGUAAUGACCCCUGUGAAGGGCCAUGGUUGGGAUUGUCCUGCGCCGACCAAAAGGUUUCCAUCAUAAAUUUGCCUAAGUUUGGUUUUAAUGGUACCUUGAGCCCUUCUCUUGCAAACCUAGAGUCUCUUUCUCAAAUUAGACUUCCAUCCAACAAUAUAACAGGUCAGGUUCCCACUAACUGGACUAGCUUGAAAUCUCUGACAUAUUUGGAUUUGAGUGGCAAUAACAUUUCCCCUCCAUUUCCAAACUUCAGCAAAACAGUAAAACUUGUCCUAUAUGGCAAUCCUCUAUUAAGCAGUAAUCAGUCUACUACACCGGGAAACAGUCCGUCAUCUGGAGGUUCACAAUCAUCCUCUGGCUCAGCUUCACCAACCAUGGGAUCAAAUUCUGGCACCAGUGAUUCGUCUGAAGAACCAACCAAAAAUAAAAAUUCCAAAGGGCCCAAGUUAGUUGUAAUUGUAGUCCCUCUUGCGAGUUUUGCACUUCUUGUUUUUCUGGUUGCUCCUCUUUCUAUUUAUUACUGUAAGAAGAGGAAAAAUACCAACCAGGCUUCUAGUUCCCUUGUGAUUCACCCAAGAGAUCCGUCUGACUCAGAAAAUAUGGUUAAGAUUGUAGUGGCCAAUAGCAACAAUGGAAGUGUUUCCACACUGGGGGCUUGUUCUGGAAGCAGAAAUAGUAGUGGGACAGGUGAAUCUCAUGUCAUUGAGGCUGGAAAUUUGGUCAUAUCUGUUCAAGUUCUUCGAAAUGUAACCAAGAACUUUGCCCCAGAAAAUGUACUUGGACGUGGAGGUUUUGGUGUUGUUUAUAAGGGAGAACUGGAUGAUGGAACAAAAAUAGCAGUGAAAAGAAUGGAGGCAGGCAUCAUUAGCAGCAAAGCUUUGGAUGAAUUUCAGGCUGAAAUUGCAGUUCUUUCAAAGGUCCGGCACCGUCAUUUGGUAUCUCUUUUGGGGUAUUCUGUUGAAGGAAAUGAGAGGAUUCUGGUAUACGAAUACAUGCCUCAAGGGGCUCUCAGCAAGCACCUUUUCCAUUGGAAGAGCCUUAAAUUGGAGCCUCUAUCUUGGAAGAGAAGGCUAAACAUUGCUCUGGAUGUUGCUAGAGGGAUGGAAUAUCUUCAUACUCUGGCUCAUCAAACCUUCAUACACAGAGAUCUUAAAUCUUCAAAUAUCUUGCUUGGUGAUGAUUACAGGGCGAAAGUUUCAGAUUUUGGAUUGGUGAAACUCGCCCCUGAUGGGGAGAAGUCUGUGGUGACCAAGCUUGCUGGGACAUUUGGAUACUUAGCACCAGAAUACGCCGUGACAGGAAAAAUCACAGUUAAAGUGGAUGUCUUCAGUUUUGGGGUUGUGUUAAUGGAGCUAUUGACUGGAUUGAUGGCACUAGAUGAAGACAGGCCUGAGGAAAGCCAAUACUUGGCGGCAUGGUUCUGGCACAUAAAAUCUAACAAGGAGAAGUUGAUGGCUGCCAUAGAUCCAGUCCUUGACAAGAAAGAAGAAACAUUAGAGAGCAUCUCCACUAUCGCAGAACUGGCUGGGCACUGCACAGCAAGAGAGCCGAGCCAACGACCUGAAAUGGGCCAUGCAGUGAACGUACUGGCCCCUCUUGUUGAGAAAUGGAAGCCAUUUGAUGAUGACACAGAGGAGUAUUCUGGUAUUGAUUACAGCCUUCCCCUGAACCAGAUGGUGAAGGGAUGGCAAGAAGCAGAAGGAAAGGACUUCAGCUACUUGGACCUAGAGGAUAGCAAGGGGAGUAUCCCAGCAAGGCCAACUGGAUUUGCAGAUUCCUUCACUUCAGCUGAUGGUCGAUAAAUGAGGUAUUUUGUGGCAUUCCAUUUAUCGCACACCAUUCUUCGGUAGGGUCAUGUAGAUAGCACAUCAUUUUCUUUGUGGUGUUUGAGAAUUUAAUGUACGUGGUAAGGGUGUUUGAAUUAAGUUGGGGAUUUGGAAUGGUAAGAGAUGCCAUGUUGAACUUUGAUCAUCAGCUGUGCAUGGGGGUGUAGAUACAGAACCAAAAAUGGAAUGUGAACUGCUUUAUCUGUUGUUCCUGUAUGGAAUCCUGUAAAUUCCUUAUCCAUCCAUAAUUCCAUUUCCCUUUCUCAAAA